UCACGUGUGCAAAGUGGGCAAGUGCUACCUGCCCACAAUUAAAAAUGAGCUCCAAAGAGAGCGAGGAGAAGUCCAAAGGCUCAAAGAAGGAUCCAAAAACUCAACCACAGCGUCAGAAAGGAGGCAAGGAUGGAGGAGGCAGUGCUGAAGGGUCUGGAGCGUCGGCCAAAGAAGCAAAAGAAGCUAAGAAGAAGUUAAAAGCUGAGAGAAGAGCUCAGAAGAAAUUAGAAACUGGGAGUGUGGGCAGUGUUCCUUCAAAAACAAGUCAGACUGGCCCCGUCGGUAAAACCGGUCAAACGGGUUUGACUGGUAAGACAGUAAGUGGAGGUGUUAGUUGUAGCGAGAGUAAGAAAGACAUUGGAGGCAGUUAUAAUAUUGAACAGGUUAAGAGUACGGCUAGAGCUGUUCACUUGUUAAAAGAAAAAAGUAUAUCACAUUCAGAAGAUGGCAGACAGGUUCCAUUGUUCUCUCAUCUUCAUCAGUACGAGAGGAGAAGUGAUUUCACUACAUCACUGAGUCCUAAUCUCAUUCCGCCUUCAGUAGUAAGACUAGCUGUGCUAUAUUCUCAGGGUAUCAUUUGUGGUUCUAAUGCACGCUGUAUUGCAAUGCUGGGAGCAUUCAAAAAGGUCAUAAAAGAGUACACGACGCCACCACAGAAAAUACUUUCAAGAGAUCUCGAGGUUACACUGAAACCGUACAUCAGUUUUCUUAUAUCAAGUCGUCCUCUGUCAGUCAGUAUGGGUAAUGCCAUAAAAUGGCUCAAACUCAAAAUCACUAAAAUACAACCAAACACACCAGAGAAUGAGGCAAAGCAAGAGUUGUGUAAAGAUAUUGAUGAAUAUUUACAGCAUCGUGUGUCGCUAGCCGACGAAGUAAUCUCCGCCUCUUGUUGUAAGAUAAUCAAAGACCACGACGUCAUUCUUGUCUAUGCACAUUCUUCUAUAGUUGUAAAGUCCCUCAUUGAUGCUCACAAUAAAGGAUUGAAGUUCAGAGUCAUUGUGGUGGACUCAAGACCUAAGCUAGAAGGACAACAAACUCUUCGUAGGUUAGUAAAGGAAGGGAUUCCUUGCUCUUACAUAUUCUUUAAUGCUGUAUCAUACAUCAUGAAAGAGGUGUCCAAGGUCUUGCUAGGGGCCCAUUCAUUACUGGCCAAUGGUUAUGUUAUGUCAAGGAUUGGUACUGCCACUAUCUCUCUCGUUGCCAAGUCAUACAAUGUCCCUGUACUCGUUUGCUGUGAGACGUACAAGUUCUCUGAGAGAGUACAGGCUGAUGCCUUUGUCAGUAACGAACUGGGUGAUCCCAAUGAUCUUGUUCCUAUUAAUCGUCGUCAAGGUAACCUUUUGUCCAACUGGAAGGACCUCCCUUCAUUGAAUCUUCUCAAUCUCACGUACGACGUCACCUCUCCCGAUCUGGUUGCCAUGGUAAUAACGGAGGAGGGGAACCUCCCCUGUACCUCUGUGCCCGUCAUUCUCAGACUCUCUCAAAUGAAUAUUACUUAGUAAUAACACUUUAUCGAAUCGCAGAGCAAAUAAUAAUUCUACAAUACAAAUAAUAAUUUUGCAACAGAAAACUCUCACAGAGAGUUGAGUUAAUUUAUGAAACAUAAAAAAUAA